GUGGGCACUGGGGACGAGGGAGGGUCUGGGACGGGUGGAGAGGGUAGAGCGACAGGGGUGAUCGGCUCAGCAGGGGGUAACGGAGGUCCCGGGGCCAUGGGAGGUGGCGGGGCUUUAGGAAACGGUGCUUUCAACUCCGGUUUGGGACUGGAUGGUGUUUGCCGGGACUUUUUGCGGAACGUGUGCAAGCGUGGAAAACGCUGCCGCUUCCGCCAUCCGGACUUCAACGAGGUUCCCGAUUUGGGCGUGCAAAAGAACGAGUUCAUCUUCUGCCACGACCAUCAGAACAAAGAGUGCGUGCGCACCAAUUGCAGAUUCGUGCACGGCUCGAAGGAGGACGAGGAUUAUUAUAAGAAAACUGGAGAGCUUCCGCUUCGGCUCAGGGGCAAGGUGGCGGCCGGAUUGGGAUUGUCUCCAACCGACCUCCCGUUGAGCCGCGGCGAGGUGCCCAUUUGCAGGGACUACCUGAAAGGAGAGUGUCAACGGGGCAACAAGUGCAAGUUCCGGCAUGUCAGGAAGGAUUAUGACUAUGAGGCCCCGUCCCGGGGUGUAGUCGGAUGCAUGAUGGGUGUCACCAGUGGAGUUAGUGGGAUGGUGAACACCGCUGGUGGUGGAGCAGGAGGUGUUGGCAGUGCCUGUGGCGGGAUGUCUGGCCUCGUUGGUGGUGGCGUCGGUAACUACCUGGGAAUGGGAUGUCCCAAUAUGGGCAGCUGCAGAGACCAGGGCAUGUCGGGUGGAGGUGGGGCCUCGAUGAGUGGCUGCAUGUCGAUGGGAACGGCGGGUCAUCGGCGCUACGACAGGGGCCCUUGCUCCGUCUACGACCCUCUGUUUGAGAAUGGCAUGUUUGAAGUGGGGCCGGUGGAGGCGCCCAUCGACCACACGACCUUCCAGCUGAAGAGACGGCGUUUGGAGGGGCUGCGGUUGACUGAUGUGACCGUCGGUGGACAUUAUGACCUCGGGGUUCAGACCACCCUGCCGACCCGACCGUUAGAGUACCGCUUACUAGAAGAGGAGAACGCCCUACUGAGGAAAAGAGUGGAGGAGCUUAAGAAACAGGUGAACAGAUGUUAAAUGUACUCAUUUACUCACCCUCAUGUUGUUCCA